AUGGCGCAAACCGGGAUAGGGUUUCAAACUGCUCUCAGGUUAAUUAGCACAUUGAAGGCUCCCCACAACCAGCUAGUUUGUGCUUACAAAGUGGUGAUCAAAAUUCAGGAAUCAUAUGUUCGCAGACGCGAGGACCCCAUUUACAAGGAUCUCCUUAUAAAACAUGAUGAUCAUCACCAGGCCUUUACCUUUGACACAGGACAUGAAAAACAUGUUUCAUAUACAUCUGAGAAUGAGUUGAUGGAGGAGUCACAAUCGGAAUUAGAUUCGGAGACAGAUUUCGUUUUUGACCCUUUUAAGGAGAGUUCUUCUGAGAGGUCACUAAAAGUUGAUAAAACGGCUUCAUUUGAUUCCACAAAUGAAUUAGGUUACAAAACUUUGCUUGACGAUUGGUCAACAUCAACAAUUGACAAAACAUAUGUAGUGAAUAAAAGGAAAGUAGACCUAGCAAGUAUUCCACUUCCUCAAUCUGCAGCCUCAUUUUACAGCGGAAUCUCACCGCAAAUGGAGGUUGUUGAAUUGUGUGAAAGCACUAAGAGACUUAAUCUGUAUUUGAAAGCAAGAAGGGAUGAAGUCAAUGCUGGUGGCCCUGGAAGAUUUUUGCAUGCUGUGAUUGGACAAGAUGUAUCUGAUGUUGGUUCCAUUGCGUCAACCAUCAUGUACGCGUUCUACCUGAAUGAAACACAGAAAACAGACCAAUUCUGCACUGUGCCUGUCAUCAACAUGAAAAGGGCAGACCUAAACGCCCAUGCUGAACUUCAAUGGUUGCUUGAUUCAUGCCAAAUUGAUCAGUCCUCCUUGAUUUUUGUAGAUGAGGUUGACCUUUCCUAUUAUGAUCUAUUUGGGAGUCUUAAGCUAGUUCUGUUGAAUGGCCACAAGCUGCCUGCUAAACAGGAGGCAUUAAAGGACGCAGUAGUCGAAAUUUUGACUUGCAGAAAGGGUGAAUCUGAGUAUCCUUGGGUCGAAAUUUUUACUGAAACUGAAGACUGCUCAUGCUGCACAUUUGUUGCUGAGAAGUUUGCACUGACUUCACCUGAAAUUUUGGUUGGGAAAGGAUUCAGUAGGCUCUUGUUGGCUGGAAUCCUCUUAGAUUCUGGAAACCUAACAAAUGCUCAUUGUUCCUCCAAAGACAAGUACAUGGCUACCCUUUUAAUCCAUGGUGCAGGUCGUCUUGGAUGCACUGGUCUUUAUCAGAUAUUGAGAUACAAAAAGCAUGAUAUAUCAGACCUCAAAGUGAUUGACAUCUUGCGCAAAGAUUUCAAAAGAUGGACAAGAGUAGGUAAGCCAGACGGCGCUGGUUCAAGAUUGACGGUAUCACACAUUGGGAUGAGUUCUAUCGGAAUUUCUGUUUCACAACUUCUUAGUCGCGUGGACACCGCAACUCAAGAAAUUACGUAUUUUCAGCAGUUGGAGAAACUGCGGCUACUCAUGGUUGUUUCUGGGUAUUACGAUUCGAAAAACAACUUCAAGAGAGAAAUCCUAGUCUCUGCCGAGUCUGCGGAACUCAUGAAGAAUCUGCUCUCUUUCUUUAAUUCAAAUGCAACUCAUCUUACUCUCAAAGUUCUCCAUCGGCCAGGCCUUAGAGAGGAGAUGAGAGCAUUUGAAAUCGACAAGGUUAUAUCGAGAAAGACUAUCGAACGCCUUUUGGAACAAUUUGGUGGGACUUCGAAAGGGUAGUCAGGGUUGUGUCUCAAGUGUAUUGAGCAUGGAGACAAAGAUAUAUUAGUGGAUGCUGAA